CCACGUCUGGGGAUGCACGGCCCGCCGCAGCAGCCGUCACCGCAACAGCAGAACCAGCCGGACCAGCAGCAGCAGCAACAGGAUCAAGAGGACCAGCAGCAGCAGCCGGGGGACCAGCAGCAACAGCAGGACCAGCAGCCGCAGCCGCAGCAGCAACAGCAGCAGAACCAGCAGCAGCGGCCGCAGCAGUGCCAGCAGCACCCGCUCCCCCCACCACUUGGUGGAGGCCAGUGACUCCUAGUGGGCCGAUUCUC